UUGUCUAAGAAUCAUUUCUGUAACACACGCUGGUGCUUCAGGAAAAACAUUCCAUCUCUAUUCCGUGUCAAAAUUAGCUAACUUAAUCUCUAUUUCACACGCAGGAGACCUUUCAAAAAACACAUUUCAUAAAGUUACCGAAAACUGAGAUGGAUACGGAAGCGGAUCUCUUCUAUCGUCUGCUGCCCAAAGUGGAGUUACACGCACAUCUUAAUGGUUCUGUCAGUUCUGAAACGAUGGAGACGCUUAUAAAGCGCAAGCCGCAUCUGAACAUCGAGCACAGCAUGACCGCCAUCCGCCGCGGACAGCGCCGGUCCCUGGACGAGUGUUUUCAAGUGUUUAAAGUGAUUCAUCAGCUGGUCGAUUCAGAAGAGGACAUACUAAUGGUUGCCAAAGCAGUCAUUCAAGAGUUUGCGGCAGAUGGUGUAAAAUAUUUGGAGUUGCGUAGCACGCCACGAGAAGUGACUGAAACGGGUCUCACUAAACAAAGAUACAUUGAAACUGUGCUCGAAGCCAUCCGGCAGUGUAAACAAGAGGAAGUUGACAUUGAUGUCAGGUUUAUCGUAGCUGUGGACCGCAGACACGGGCCCCUGGUUGCCAUGGAGACUGUGAAGCUGGCAGAGGACUUCCUGCUUUCCAGUGAUGGAGUAGUAGUUGGACUUGACCUCAGUGGAGACCCAACAGUGGGUCAUGGAAAAGAUUUGCUCUCUGCACUUGUGAAAGAAGAGAAGUGCUGUGUUAUGAUGGUGGUGCUACUCUUAUAGGUUCCUUCUCAGAGGGAGGAGUCUGAGCUGCUGUUGAACUUGCCUCCUGAUAGAAUCGGCCACGGAACCUUCCUACAUCCUGAGUUCGGCGGGUCUGACAGUCUUGUGGAUAAAGUUUGCAAACAAAAUAUUCCUAUCGGUAAGAGUUUUAAAGUUUGUAUAACCUCUAAUAUCAAAGGUCAAAGGGUGCCUUCAUAUGACAAGCAUCACUUCCAGUACUGGUAUAAGAGAGGACAUCCGUGUGUUCUCUGUACGGAUGAUAAGGGUGUGUUCUGCACGGAUCUCUCUCAGGAGUACCAGCUGGCGGCCUCCACCUUUGGUUUGACCCAGGAGGCCGUGUGGAUGCUCUCCCAGCAGGCCAUUGGAUACACCUUUGCCCCCGAGCCAAUCAAACAGAGGCUGGAGAAGAAGUGGGCGGAGCUCAAACAGCAGAUCCUCCAGUGAGGAAUGACAGCUGUAAAAUUUCACCAACAGUCCUACCUCAGAGUUUGUCAAACGGUGGUUUGUCAAACACGAAAACACAUUGUUGCAGCUAAUUAUAUCGGUUUCCUCCAUUUCAGAGCACUGCAUUAAUAUCUGAGCUAAUACACACACGUGUUGUGUGAAACACCUUGGACUGUUUAAAUUACAUUGAUUUUAAUAUUUAUAAUAGAUUAUUGAGGAUUUCUUGAAUAUUGAUAUUGUUUAUUAAUACAACAGUAUUAAAUAUAACUUUAUUAAUUACACAAAUAGUGUGAAAGUGAUUUAUUUCAUUUGACAUUUUCAGCAUAAACAGUUGUACUCAUUAAGAAAUACUCAAUAUUUGUCAAAAAGAAAAAAGUUCUUAACAUUAUUAUUUCCGUAUUUUACGGUGUCAAAAAAUUAUUUGACGAUCGCAGCAAGCGAUUUGGAUUCUGUCGGAUUCUGUUUUUAACAUGUUAGUUUCCGUCACUGUUUCCAAUUUGAAAUUUUAUCAAACCCUGAAACUAAAUACAAAAAGUUUACUCCAUAAAAGGCACAUCUCGAACUAAUAUAUAAACUGUUAUUGAAGGUCCAUGAAUAUUAAUAUUGGUUAUUUAUACAAUUCCAGUGAUCUAUUUAAUAUUCAUUUUGUGUGAAAAUACAAUUUGGGUGCUUUGUUUAUCAGUAAAUAAUUCAUACUUGGUUAAAAAAAAAAAAAAAAAACCUUAAACCAACCGAAAGUUUGUACCACUAGAGGGCAGCAGUUCAUUUUUUUAACUGCAAAGCAAGAAAGGCUUAUCUGACAUUUCUCUCCCAGAUAACGGUACACAGCUCAGAUCUCUGUCAUGUUGAAAGCUUGAUUAGAUCUGUGCUGGCUUUUGUUGUCAGACUAUGUAUCUGUCUUUAUAGCAUAUAGCCUCAAAGAUCUCCUGUUCACUCUGGUGCCAGAGCUGAAAGUGUCUCUUAUAGAGCUUAGCAUGCAGUUAACCGCUCAAGACUGCAAUACUCACUCUGAGAAGACAAAAUAAACAGAGCCAUGAAUCUUCUAACCCUGUUCUCCAACACACUGUGGUUUAGUCCUUGCUUUUAUAUUAGGCUUUUGAGGGGAAUCUAUAGGGAUGAAGAAAGAAAUGGCACCUCAGAUGUAACACCUCAGUUGAUUUCUCCUGGGGUUUCCUUUAGGGGUCCUACAUCUGUAAUAGUAUCUGUGUGUGUGUGUUUGAUACAGGGUAAAAUCAAUGUCAAAAUGCAUUUUCAAGUCUUUCUCUAGCUGGUGUUACAUUACAGGAGAGACACCUUUUACCUAGUCGUCACACCUUUUACCUCUGUCAUCAA